AUGUUGGCUGUGUUUAAAGCCAUUGAAACCACUUUGGAAGAACUCUUGGGAGACAUGAGGCAGAGGGUGCAAGGAACCAUCUUCCCAGCUCCCAAUUUCAAUCCCAUAAUGGAUGCCCAAAUGCUAGGAGGAGCACUCCAAGGAUUUGACUGUGACAAAGACAUGCUGAUCAACAUUCUGACUCAGCGCUGCAAUGCACAAAGGAUGAUGAUUGCAGAGGCAUACCAGAGCAUGUAUGGCCGGGACCUGAUUGGGGAUCUGAGGGAGCAGCUUUCAGAUCACUUCAAAGAUGUGAUGGUUGGCCUCAUGUACCCACCACCACUGUAUGAUGCUCACGAGCUCUGGCAUGCCAUGAAGGGAGUAGGCACUGAUGAGAAUUGCCUCAUUGAAAUACUAGCUUCAAGAACAAAUGGAGAAAUUUUCCAGAUGCGAGAAGCCUACUGCUUGCAAUACAGCAAUAACCUCCAAGAGGACAUUUAUUCAGAGACCUCGGGACACUUCAGAGAUACUCUCAUGAACUUGGUCCAGGGGACCAGAGAGGAAGGAUAUACAGACCCUGCGAUGGCUGCUCAGGAUGCAAUGGUCCUAUGGGAAGCCUGUCAGCAGAAGACGGGGGAGCACAAAACCAUGCUGCAAAUGAUCCUGUGCAACAAGAGCUACCAGCAGCUGUGGCUGGUUUUCCAGGAAUUUCAAAAUAUUUCUGGGCAAGAUAUGGUAGAUGCCAUUAAUGAAUGUUAUGAUGGAUACUUUCAGGAGCUGCUGGUUGCAAUUGUUCUCUGUGUUCGAGACAAACCAGCCUAUUUUGCUUAUAGAUUAUAUAGUGCAAUUCAUGACUUUGGUUUCCAUAAUAAAACUGUAAUCAGGAUUCUCAUUGCCAGAAGUGAAAUGGACCUGCUGACCAUAAGGAAACGAUACAAAGAGCGAUAUGGAAAAUCCCUAUUUCAUGAUAUCAGAAAUUUUGCUUCAGGGCAUUAUAAGAAAGCACUGCUUGCCAUCUGUGCUGGUGAUGCUGAGGACUACUAAAAUGAAGAGGACUUGGAGUACUGUGCACUCCUCUUUCUAGACACUUCCAAAUAGAGAUUUUCUCACAAAUUUGUACUGUUCGUGGCACUAUUAACAAAACUAUACAAUCAUAUUUUCUCUUCUAUCUUUGAAAUUAUUCUAAGCCAAAGAAAACUAUGAAUGAAAGUAUAUGAUACUGAAUUUGCCUACUAUCCUGAAUUUGCCUACUAUCUAAUCAGCAAUUAAAUUGUGCAUGAUGGA